UCAAAAUUAAACUGUCAUCACCUGUCUUUUGUACUACUGUGUAGUUUAGUUAUAGCAGUGGUGUAAUGACAGCUAAAAUUUUAAUUUACUUCAAAUGACUUUCACCCUUCCAUGGUUAUUGGUGUUGCAUUUAAAUAUUGAGUGAAUGUCGUGCGGUUUUUAUACUGUCUCUGUGUUUCAUUUGAAAAUCUAAGCCUAGUGCCUAACUUAGUAGUGUUUGGGUUUCAGGACUGACUUCAUGUUAGGUAGGCCUACCUACUGAAACCUAUUUGAUAACAUUAUUAGGCAGUGUAAACAACAGUAUGAUGACUAGCCAAAGUUUCGAAGAAAGUGAAGAUCCAAAGUCUGUUUAUGCUAUGUAUGAUAUAUUAAAAGAUUUAUGCCUUAAUAAUGCUGACUAUUUUAAGCCUGAUGAGAGUCCACUUGGGAAAAAGUUGUGUGACAAUUUCACAUCUCUUCACAGUAAUGUUGUCGCUAUUUACCCAGUCGUAGAUGAACUGAGGAAAGUUGCACCACUUUAUGAUUUUGACCAAAACACACCUGGGAAUGGCUAUAGAAGUUUUGUCACAAUUGUCGACGCGUUCAUAUUAUAUGGUGAGAAAGUAUGUCAGCAAAUUUUGAAGAAUCGAAGCUCUUACUUUUUCAGGAAAAACACCUACCUUAGGGAAGUUGAGACAGUGAAUCAGGCUUUAGCUUCGUUGACAGUAAUUCUCACUCAUCUCAAAACACUGGUGUCGUGGGGAGAAGCUGGAUGUUUGUUUCCUCGGGAAGACAGAUCUCCGCAAGAACUUCUCUCCGACUCGCCUGGUUUCAAUCAGGUCUGCUUCUACGGAAGUUGUUUGGGAUUCCAGUUUUGCGAGUCGAUGCAAGUGAUAUUGAAGGGGUUGUCUAUACUGAUGGUAUCCUUCAGCGAGGUUUACUAUAGUGAUGGAGGGGUGCUGGAGAGAGCGACCAACUACUUGUGGCACAGUAGCAAAUACGUACUGAAUCCAGAACUGAGGGCGAGACGUAUUGUUCACAUAUCACAAUAUGCUUCGGUUGACUUCUGCAAACAGUUCUGGUUCUUAGGAGAAAAUGAGUUGAUGAACCGUCUGCCCAACUUUGUUCACCCUUCCGUGGAGGUGAACAGGAUGAUCUCCCUCCCCCCGGAGCCUCUUACGUCACUCCGGGCCGACGGAAGUGUUAUAGACAUCCCUAUACCUUCCUCACACACCGGCCCCGGAGCAUUGUCUGUGCGGUUACUGAGUGCCGUCAGGAGACAAAACAUGGUAGGAGAAGCAGGUACCAAGGAGAGCUUGGUGCCUCCGUCGACGGGACUUAUCUUCCACUGUCACGGAGGAGGGUUCGUAGCCCAGAGCUCACGGUCACACGAGGCCUACCUCAGACAAUGGGCUCAGGCUUUACCAGCUCCUAUACUGUCUGUGGACUACAGUCUGUCUCCUGAGGCUCCGUUCCCAAGGGCAUUGGAAGAUGUUUUGUAUGCCUAUUGCUGGGCUCUCAAUAACACUAGCUUACUGGGAACUACAGCCGAACGCAUAGUUUUUGCAGGGGACUCAGCUGGAGCCAACCUAGUAAUAGGUCUGACUAUGAAGUGUAUUGAGCUAGGCCUCAGGCCACCAGAUGGGCUGUUUCUGGCCUAUGUCCCAGUUGUGGUGUCUUUCAAUCCUUCGCCUGCUCGACUCUUGUGUCUCGUGGAUCCUUUGUUACCCUUCGGCUUUCUCAUGGGAUGUUUGAAAGCGUACGCGUGUCCACCCGAUGUAAGUGAAGCGGGAAUUGCGCACGAACACAAGUUGCGGAGAAGCAAGAAACCCGAUGAACGCAAAGAUAAACUGAACAAGUCUCGUUCUUCCAGUGAGGAGAGUUUUGAGGAGAUUUCUCCCUCUGAAGUCUUGGAACUGGACAAGAUUUUAGAACAAGAAGGCAGCAGGAUACAUGAUGAGGUAUUGGAUGUUCAGGAUACAGUCAGUCCAGGAUUGUCCAAGAGGAUAUCCAGGACUGCCGGGAACAUAGCUACAGCCAUCACAGGAACUUUGUCUUCAUUAGCGUCUCGCUCUCGGUCCCCUAGCAUGGAUCUUAAUGAAAGCAACAUAGACAACGACCCUCUGUUAGAGACGAUGUUGCUGCCGUGUCCUAUGGACAUGCUCAAGUUUGAUGUCCCCAAAGAUCCGUACCUCUCACCGUACUGGGCUAGUGAUGUCGUGUUGAGCCAGUUCCCACCCACACAUUUAGUGACUCUACAAAUGGACCCAUGCCUGGAUGAUUGUGUAGAGUUUGCCAAGAAACUCAAAAGACUCGGUAAUCCAGUCACUCUAGAAAUCAUCGAUGGUCUACCUCAUGGUUUUCUCAACUUUGUCAUGCUGAGCAAAGAAGCAUAUGAAGCAUCAAAGAAAUGUAUCCAAAGACUAACAGAGCUACUCGACCUACCAAAACCCAACACGUAAAACCAACAUCGGAAAUUGGUUUACCUUAUUGUUUUGUACUGUUUUGUAUGAUGUUCAAUUGUAUUUUUCUAUAUCAGCAUAUAGUUACCAGCAAGUUAGUUUGAGUAAUUUAUUCAAGAAUUUACUAAUGUUAGACUUUAUUAUGAGUAUACUUGAUUGCCAUAAUUGUGUAUAAUCCUCGUACGGCUUUCAAUUUUAUAAAUAUCACACAUUUAUGUAUUAACUUAUCAAUAAAAUCAAAGCUUGAAUAGUAUUGUUAGUAAAUCGCUUUUGGCAUGUAACAGUUCCUUACUGAAGUCAAAACAUUACAAAAAUAUUUGUAGUUCAUUAUCAUUACUAAGUAUUUAACUCUUGUGUCAGUAUUAGAGUAAGGUUUAGUUAAGUGAUAGAUUUUCUACGGAUACAAUUUUAAAAUAAUAUUGACAAGUUUAACAAUUUGUUUCACAAGUGUUGAAAUGUUCCUUUAUUACAAAAAUCAAACACGCGUGUUUUAAUUUAGUUUUACUGUUGUAUUUUUUAAAUAAGAUUUGAAAGUGUUUCUUCUUUUUGAUAGAAAAAAAGAUAAGAGUUUGUUUUGUUUAAUUAAAAAUAGGAUUAAUAAACUUGUUGAAUCAAAAUAUAAAAUAAAACUUUUUUUUUAAUCAGCUUAAUUUUUUACAGAAUUUUUAGGUAGAUUUUUAUAUUUUGACAUUAAGCAUCUACUUCUCUUCGUAAUUUAACAUGAAAAACAGUGCCUUUAAUAAUUAUAUUAUAUUCUCAAACCUUUUUUUUUUUUGAAGCAGCAAAUACAUUUUGUUUUGUUUAGUAGAGCUAGAUAUUAGUUCUCACUGUAAUUAAAUUAUUUUGUACUUAACAUAAUUUGGGAUAUCCAAAACUACAACCAUAUAGAAACAAACCAUAAUGAUUGUAAAAUAUACAAAUAUCAUAACUAAUAAUAAACUACCCAAUUUUUUGUGGUACUCAAGAAUGUAGAUUUAAUAACUUCUUAAUUUACUUCUGAAUCAAAAAUAGUAAUAAUAAUAUUUAUCUGGAAUUAAACUGGAUAAAUAACAUGUGGCCAAUUUCAUUGUAUAAGAUAGUUAUCCAAGUCUUGGCAGGUAUUAUGUUAAGAGUUAUUUACGUUAUUUGAAAGGUGAACAAUAAUGAUUUUCCACUCAUGCUAAUAUCCUAUGAUAAUUUGUCUUUCAAGAAAAAGAUCUACGAUUAUUGUGAUUUGUAAACUUGAUGUGAUUUUAUUUUGAGUAGUGAUAGUAGAAGGGUGCGAAGUAUUUUGCUAGUUUUUAAUACAUCUUUUGCUAGUAAACGUAUUCCUAUGUUAAAGAUGAAGUAUUUAAUUUUCAAGAUGAUAAUCAAAAUAUGCAUAGUUAACCGUAGUGAAAUCAGUUAUUACAAUGUAAAUUUGUUUAAAUAAAUAAAGCAUGUUGAAUCAUUAAACAA